CACACAACAAUCCGAGCUUCCCAGCUGCUACCCAACGCCGCCACCCUGUGCGACCGGAUAUCUCCCCAACGCCGGACCGAUCGCGAGCUCACUUUCAAAAUGACCUGGACAUCUCGCGCAGUGACCCUUGCAGGGCUUGUCUUCCUCGCUCAUUCAUGCUACUCGGCGCAGGAGCACUUCGCCCUGUCAUCGGCCUUGUCGAAACGAGCGGCAUCGCAACAACACAGUGAAGCCUCCAUGCCGAUCGAUAUUCGCAUAGAAGCUGUCGUGGCGACAUUGAUCAUCUGUCUCGGUCUCGUUCUCGGGUCCCAGACAUUGCGCCCUGUUCAAUGGAACGUGUGGGCUGGCAAGAUUGAGCGCGAAGGCCCGGCCGGCUUCGUUGACGGCUCCGGGCAGGUAGAGCGGGACUAUCGGGGUAGCCCGUUUGGGGUCCUCGAGAGUCGCCCAGGCUUUGUCGACAUUCGAAAGCAACGACGCGAUUUUGCCAAGUGGGCUAAGGGCAACAAAGAGGGUUGAGGAAGCUAAAUACUCUAGCUAAAAGCAAUGCGACACACCGCGGAUGCGUCCGGCGCCAUAUACCAAGCUUGCUGUAUUUCACAACGCCAGCGUCGACCCUCCCAUAGUGCCGUUGCCAUACCUAGUCGUCGUAAGGAUGCAAAGGGUUGCAACUUGCAAGGCCCCCAUAUGGUUACUAAUAUAUGGAGGGAUGCGCUGCAUUCUUCUUACCUUGAACCAACGUGUAAUUACUCAAUGUCAACGUGCUGGACAUACUGG